ACCGUUGUCUCGUCUUCCCAGACCGUCGUCUCGACUCGUGUUGAAACGAGACCGCCGUCUCAAAAUUCGAGACCACCGUCUCGUUUUGGACAAAGACGAGACCUCCUUCUCACUUGGCGGGAGCCCGUCUCGACUUAGGACCAAAACGAUCUCGAAGUUCCAGACGACGGUCCCGAAUUCCAGUUAA